AAUUUUGUGCCAUUGGCAACACUGUGUCAUUCGAAAACCGGCACGAUUAUCAAAUUAUCGUUCGUCGGAUACAUGGGAUACAGUUGUAUAAAACAAAUGAGGAAAAAUAAUAGCGUCGAUUAACGCUAAUGAUUUUUAAUCAAUAGUUCAACAAUGGAUAAAAUACACGAUACUACGGAAAAUUUGGAACGAUCUAUGCAAAUGCAUAAUCAAGAGAAUGUUCAACGAAAGUCAUUUUUGAGGUUAAGUGGAAAAAGCACAACUCCGAAGAGGAUAUCUUUGCAAAAUAGCAUUCACGUACGAAAAGAUUCGGAUGACUCCCGUCAGCUGAAUGACAUCAAUAGUCCAAGACUGCUGAACAAAUCGUACCUGAGCUCAAAAUCGAUGAAAGUUCACGAUGUUCUGGACAUGGACGAUUCGUUGACGAUUGCACCCCACGAAAUACGUGAUAUAAUGGUUACUUCGGAAAAGAAUGACCUUACUUUAAGGGAAAUGAUGGAAGAUAGUGCAGCAACUGGCAUGAUUUUGAAAGCAAACGAACCCUGGCGCGAGAUCAUGUCUAAGCUGUAUUAUGACUUUUUACAUAGUAUUCAAAUGAACUUCUCAGAGACACAAGUGUUUGAUACUGUUGCAGAUUUUAUACAGAACUGUUCAGAUACGUUAGAUAUAAUGAGAGGCAUGCAAUUAAAAGUAGAAUCCAAGGAAGUGUCGGAAGAAGAAAUUUCAUUGGAGAACGAAAGGAACACAUGGAGGCUUAUUUAUUGUCUAUAUCAAAAUCGAAUAAAUAGCCUUAACUUUCCCACUCCAAUGGAGGAUGAUUUUGAUGAAAAUAAUACUUAUAUAUCUGAAAAACUCAUAAUAGACAACUUAUUUAAAACAGAAAGUUAUAUCAGAGAAUAUCAAUUAAUAAUAGAUUGGUUGGAAAAGAAUGCAUUGGAUCAGGCAGAUAGAUAUUCGUCGGCCGAACAUUUUACAGAUAAAACUCUUGCAUGGGAGAAUACAGUACGACAACUUGCGAUUAAAGACAAAGAACAAAUUCCUUUUCAUAUGUCUAGACCAUUUGUGUCCUCCCUUGAUCCAGAUGCUCCAAUAAGAGAAGGUAAACCUUUACACGACUUGGACAGAGAAGAUAAUGCAAGACUUGAAAAAAGAAUGUUUAUAGAGGUACGUUGCGGUCGUCUCCAAAAGGCACAAGCAUUGGCUGAAAAUUGUGGACAGCCUUGGAGAGCUGCUUGCUUGUUAGGAUGGAUACCUCAUCAUGACCCUAAUUAUAAAAAUCCGUUAUCUGAUACCAAAUUACCUAUCGAGGGAAAUCCUACUAGAAGUCUUUGGAAAUUGUGCGCAUGGGAUCUUUCUCAGGAUAAACGCAUAGGUCAAUUUUAUCGCGCUACGUACGCUAGCCUAUGCGGAAAUGUCCAACAAAUGUUACAAGUGGCGUUUUCAUGGCAUGAUGCGCUGUGGGCUUACAUGAAAACGCUGUUGGACAUAAAAGUCGAAAGAGUGGUGAGAGAUCUAGCGACAAAAACUUUUACGAAUAUGGUUGACGAUUAUUGGAAGAAUGAAAUUUCGCUGGAAGACGUGUUCAAAGAACUCCACGCGUCAAAAAAUCCGACUACUCGUGCACAGUCGAACGACCCUGAUCAUCUUAUUCAGAAAUACUUGAUUCUGGAUCAAAUACCGGAAUUGAUGGAAGAAAUAGAGAAUAUGAUAGACAGGAAGACCUGUGAUCCUCACUUUUUACGAUUUUUAGCUCACUUAGUAUUUUUCUUCCGACAAAUUGGGAAAAACGUAAAUGACAAAGUUGGAGAUAAAGUUCUAUCGGCAUACGUUAAUAUUCUAAUCGAAAUAGACGACCCGAUUUUGAUUGCUUUUUAUACAGCUAUGUUGCCUCAGGAGGCUCAAGUAACAAGUUACGCGAGCUACCUAGAAAUGAUAAAAGAUUACGAGCAGCGCAAAAAAUGCUUGACUGCGGCAGAAGAUGCGAAUCUGAACGUGGAAGCGAUCACAAAAUUAGUGGUAGAAAGUAUACGGUUUAAGAACUUGGAUAUCGUACAGGCGGAUUUACAGGGUGCUAUAACCGACGCAGACAUGGAGAAGAUUAACGCGUUAGACUGGUUAAUAUUUUAUCCAAGUCAAAGGGAAGAAGCAUUGUGGCAAACUAACGCUCUUAUAAGAUUUUUCUUAAUCAACGAAAAAAUUGAUGCCGCGCGUAAAGCUUUUAACAAGAUUCCAGAGGAUUCUAUCGAAUCUGUUAUGGCUGAAUAUCCAACAAUGGAAGGUACUAUAACGAAUCUCACGAUAUCGGACAAUCUAUCGAAAAGAGCAUCCUCGUCGAUUCGAGAAUAUCUUUGUUAUAAAACUUAUCUCGAUGCCCAAGAGGGUUUCGCGGAAUGGUUUUCCCAUUAUCAUCAUGGAAAACCUAUACCUUUAGAAGAAUUACCACCGUAUGCCACUUUUACCGAGAAAGUUGCACAUGAGCAUAAGAAAUCGCAGUAUAACGUAGAAAUGGAAAGGUGGAAAUGUACGAUGCAACACCACACGAAGGCUGUCAAACAACUACUGUUCAAUGUACUGUUGUUUCCGGAUGGUGGUUGGCUUGUCGAUUCAAAUAAUAAUAACGACGAGUCACGUACACUAGACGAAGAAUCGCGAGAACACCAGAUGGAAAAAUUACGGGAGCUUUGUAUUCCAAAAAUUACGCUUCUUCUUCAUUCGGUGAUGUCUGAAAUGAACGAACAUUCUGGCUGCAUUCAAUUAGCGGAUAUCCUCGCUUCCGAACAAUAUCAACUUUAUAAAGUGUUCCAGAAGAGUAGAUUACGCGAGGUGUUCAAGAAAAUCUGCGAAUCAUCCCUUAUCUUGAUGGAUCAAAAGAAAGAUCCUUGGGGCUAUCCAAAGUGAACCUUGUAGCGAAUUUACACUUUAAUCGAGAAGAAUGUAUAUGUAAUUUUAUGUUACACGAUACGAUUGUGCGAAAAUCGUAUGUUGAACAUACUUGUACAAAACGCCUCUAUCUUUUUUAUAAAACCAGUUUAUUGUCAACCACAAGAAGUGAAUAUAAAAUUUGAUACAAUGUUCAAUAAUUCAUAAUCAUAAUAUAUUAUAUACCUCAUGA